AUGAAGGCCAUGGAGACAAUACAGGAUCUGAUCGAAGAAGCCAAAGUGGAGUUCAGCUGGAGAGUGCGUCCGUCAGUCCGUCGGCAGUCUUAUUUGUCACAUUUGGAGAAGAAACAAUUGUCUGCCAAUGAUUCACGGCUUUCUUCUGUUCCACCGACACCAAAGUGGAAGAGGAAAAUUGAUUCUCCAGUUGUUGAGGCUGCAAUUGGUGAUUUCAUUGAUAAGAUAUUGAAGGAUUUUGUGGUAGAUUUGUGGUAUUCAGAAAUUACGUCAGAUAGGGAUGCACCUGAGCUGAUGCGGUCAGUAAUCAUGGAUGCUCUUGGUGAGAUAUCUGGAAGGGCGAAAGAGAUAAACCUCAUUGACUUGUUAACAAGGGAUAUAGUUGAUUUAAUAGGGGAUCACUUAGACCUCUUUAGACGAAACCAAGCAGCUAUAGGUGCUGAUGUAAUGACAACUCUUUCUACUGAAGAGAGAGAUGAAAGGUUGAAACACCAUCUAAUGACUUCUAAGGAGCUUCAUCCUGCGCUGAUAUCUCCUGAGAGUGAGUACAAGGUUCUCCAACAAUUGAUUGGUGGAGUUUUAGCUAUAGUACUAAGACCUCGUGAAGCUCAAUGUCCACUGGUUCGAACUAUUGCUCGAGAGAUCGUAACCUGCUUGGUAAUGCAGCCUCUUAUAAGUCUUGCAAGCCCUGCGUAUAUCAAUGAGGUGCUUGAAAUGAUUUUACUUGCCAUUAAAGAUGAUAGUCCGAAAGAGGCUGGUGGUGAUCAACCUGCAGGGAGUGUGCAUAAUGUCGGCUCUACUUCAAGAAUAGAUCCUUCCUUAAAUGGUCAAAGGACUGAGAUUUUUGACAACAAAAUGGGUUAUAAAGGGACUGAUAAAACUUUGGUGAAAAUUGAUGAUUACAGAGAAACAUACUUCGAUAACUCACACCAACAAGAGCCUGUUCAGCCACAUCCUGUGGAGUGGGCACGAAUAUUAGAGGUGGCGACCCAGAGAAGAACGGAAGUUCUUACACCUGAAAAUCUGGAAAAUAUGUGGACGAAAGGAAGAAAUUAUAAAAAGAAAGAGAAGCAUGUCAAAGACAAGAGUGCCAAAGCAAGGGUUCAGCAAUCAAUGGGAAAGAGUUCUGUUACGAACAUUGCAGCUACUACAAAUUUACCAAAAGAUAUGCCAACAAAUAGUGAUGUAAUCUCUACAGAGAUGGAGGAGAAAGCUAUAGUGCCCCUGACACCUGGAUCAAGUCUAGAUACUUUAACAAGUCAUAAAAAUAGAGAUGGGAUACAGUUUACGCAGGAUGGUAGCCUGGAGUUGUCUAUUGAAGGUUCGCGUGUCGGUGGUGAAUUGGAAAAUGCUGGCAAACUCUCUUCGAAUGAAAGCAGAGGUGGGCUUAAGAGAUCCAAUAGCACCUCUGCUCUAAAAGCCUUGCCUGAUAAAAAGAAGGCAUUUACGGGAGAUGGUGGGGGAUCUGUUCUCUCAGAGUUUUACAGCCCAGAUUUUCAUAGGAGUGCAGAUCGUGCUGUUAAGAAGGUUUCAGACAUGGUACUUCGCAGCGAGGGACCUCACAGUUCCAAGCUUAAGUGUCGGGUCAUGGGAGCAUAUUUUGAGAAACUUGGGUCAAAAUCUUUUGCAGUUUACUCAAUAGCAGUGACAGAUUCAGAGAACAGAACUUGGUUUGUGAAAAGAAGAUACAGGAAUUUUGAGAGAUUGCAUAGACAUCUAAAAGAAAUUCCUAAUUACACGUUACAAUUGCCUCCAAAAAGGAUAUUCUCAUCAAGCACUGAAGAUGCUUUUGUUCAUCAACGCUGUAUUCAGCUUGAUAAAUAUCUUCAAGAUCUCUUGUCCAUAGCCAAUGUUGCGGAGCAGCAUGAAGUGUGGGAUUUCUUAAGUGUUUCCUCAAAGAAUUACUCUUUUGGGAAACCUUCCUCGGUCAUGAGAACCCUGGCAGUCAACGUGGAUGAUGCUGUGGAUGAUAUUGUGCGUCAAUUCAAAGGGGUUUCAGAUGGCUUUAUGCGUAAAGUUGUUGGUUCGACUUCCCCACUUGAUGAAACCGAUUCUUCAAUCUACAGCAGGAACUUGUCCUGGCAUUCGGAUGAUGUGAAUAAACAUGUCUUGAGGCAGGAUACCUUAGAAACCGUGAACAGCUUUUCUGAUACUGAAGAAAGUCAUAAUCAAGAAAACCAGGACCAGAAGGGAGUUGGAUCCACUGCACAAGCCAAUGGUUGGCAUUCAGAUAACGAAUUGAAUGCAAAGGGUUUUCCUCCUCGGGUGAUCAAACGCUGCGACGAGUCACAGACCUUAGGUUUUGAGAAAAGUGAACAGAUUAACCAUGGCGGAUUUUCUGUAGCAAACUCUGCCAUAGCGUCCUGUCAUAUGGAUGAUCCAGUUGGAAUGCCACCUGAGUGGACUCCAUCUAAUGUAAGCGUACCUCUGCUGAAUCUAGUUGAUAAGGUGUUUCAGCUUAAAAGAAGAGGCUGGCUGAGAAGACAGGUCUUUUGGAUAUCAAAACAAAUACUGCAGCUGAUAAUGGAAGAUGCUAUUGAUGACUGGCUUUUGAGGCAAAUUUAUUGGCUUCGGAGAGAGGACACUAUAGCUCUGGGGAUUCAGUGGGUGCAAGAUAUUCUCUGGCCGAAUGGCAUAUUCUUUACAAGAACAAGGAGUGCACAAAGCAAAGUUGAUGAUGAUCAACUAAAUCAAAUGCCUUUUCAGAUUAGCCAACUGGGUGGCAGUAAGGUCUCUAAUAAAGGUUCGUUCGAGGAACAACUUGAGGCUGCUCGUAGAGCCAGUGACAUCAAGAAAAUGCUCUUUGAUGGAGCUCCAACAACCUUAGUCAGCUUGAUUGGAAAUAAGCAGUACAAGCGCUGUGCAAGAGACAUUUUUUAUUUCACUCAGUCUACGAUCUGUGUGAAGCAACUUACAUAUGGAAUACUCGAACUACUAGUUUUAUCAGUUUUCCCUGAGCUCCGGGAUCUUUUGCUGGGUCUCAACGAGAAGAUGCGUGCUCCACCUGCAUAG